AUGCCAUUGAAGAUUUCUGCUGUACCCAUGACCACAGCUCACAACGUCGAGGAGUCAACGCUGAGAGCGCCGGUAGGAGUUCCACUGACUGAAUGGAUAGAAUUGAGGGAGUCUCGUUUUCGAGCCCGCAUGGGCAAACGGCAGGGUAACCAGACGGGGGCAUCCAGUACCGAUCGUCAAAAAUAUCCCCCAUCCGUCUCUCGGACAUCGUUUUCACGAAGCAUAGACUCUAGAUCUGCAGACUCGACCACCAUGCGCCAAGACGCCCGCGAGAUCUUUGACGAAUAUGGAAUCACUCGUCCAGAAGGCUGGCUCUCUGAGGCAAACUCAGGAGGAGAUGAUGAGAAUCGUGUCUAUCAUCCAAACAACACCACUUAUUCAUAUCAUGUGUGCCACUCUUGCCGGCUACCCAUUGGCACUGGAAAGGAAUGCCCGACUUGUGGACAUGACUCUUGUAUCAAGUGCACAAGCGAGAUGCCCUUGGAUUAUCCUCCUCUGCCCGAUCCCUUGGCCCACUCUCCUGCGACAACCCCUCAGGAUCCUCUGCGAACACCAAUUCGUACUCCUCGGAACCGCUCCCCGUCCCCCCAAUCUAUCGAAAAACCUGGCCCCCAAGCCUUGCGGAAAUCGAGCACUCGGUCCAGAGACAGAGGCUCAACACCAAGGCCAGAGAGGGCAAAUAAGAUUCAUGACGAUCUUGCGGCUGGCAUCAAGACUGACGAUAGGAACAUGACACGGAAGAAGACCGUAGUGAAGGUUGGGAGUUCAGUCAAAAACAACCCUUUCGUCCAGGCAGACCGGAGCGCAAAAGCAUUCGUUUCAAAUCCCCAGGCGUCGAACGAACAGGCACACGCAACCCAGCCCUACCGAUUGUCUGACUGUGUGCCUCGUGGAAUAGACCGAUCAGCUAGUCAAUCAUCAGUGCAUAGAACAAGCACCAUGUUGGACUCCCCAACUGCUGGGCCUAUAUAUGAUGAAACAUACCACGGCACGGAUUAUACCGGCAUUGGGAAAGUAGCUCUUCAAACAAAAGUGGCCGAAGAUGCAGUUGUAACAGAGGCCUUCAAGCAACGAAGCACUUUAGAAAACCACGAACCAACUAUUUCCGAUCCGCUGCAGCGAAAAAUAGAGCAACUCUACCAACAUGCCGAGGACCUCAAUAGGUCACAGCACAUCAUGGACCAUUUGGCUGCAGGGACACGCAAACUUGACAGACAUGUAGUGCCACGGAGAGGGACUGGAAGACUCAUCAGCCAGCCUACUCCAAGCGAUAUGCGGUUACAUUCUAUGGAAAAGGAUCAGCAGGGGGAUGUCUCUCAUUCUGGAUCUGGGCAUGAUAUACAUGAGGACAGUACGACAACUAUUGCCGGGAAUACGGAUAUUCAUCGAGUACACUCUUUACCAGCGGACCGCGUUGAGCGAACAGAGAGUCUUUUCCCUAGUCACAAUCUGGCAGAUGACUCAGUUUUUCACCCCCAAAGCAACCCGGAUUUUGUCCACAGUGCUCAGCAGGAGCUUGCACCCAUGAAAGAAUCAAAAUCAGAGGAACAUACUCGCAUACUGGGACUGAGUAGACCUUCUCACACGAUUAUGGGAGAAAUGUCUUCACAGAAGUCUAAGCCUGACGGAAUAUCGGACUUUUCUGGAGCCAUAUCCAGAAGCCAUUACGCGAAAAGUACUCCGAAUCUUCCUAAGACGACAGACGAGAAGUCUUCAACAUACCAGGUUUCUAGCAGUUCAUUGCUCGAAGUAACGGAACAAAGCCGAGCUGAAUCUGACCUAAGAAUGGACGCACCUCAGAGAUUCAUUGCCCACAAGAAGUACGAGAGACAGGAACCAUACACCCCCUAUCCGCACCUGCCGGAAGAGGCUUAUAUGGAUUCCUGGCCCAAGCUGAAGAAGGUGGGAAGGCCGGCGAUGGAGAAAACGCAGCACGAUGCUGAUCCAACCGCCCCUUGGGCAAAGAAUCCACUACGGAGAGUGACCGAAGAUCCUGAAAUACAUGCCUUACACCAUGACCCGGGAAAUGCCAGCUUGGUGAAAGUGAGGCAGCAUUUGAGAAGGGUCGAGAGACUCCGUAAUGACGAGUCUCCUAAGCCACAAACCACGCCUCCCUUGGAAUGGGGUCGUAGCCUGAGCCGGCUGACGAGAACUCCGCAGACGCAAGGUGAGAAGGAAUACGACUGUGGGUUCUGCAACCCAAGUCAAGAGGCAUCGUUGAACAAUGACGAGCCUACCGUUUCUCUGGGCGUCGAGGAGGUGGACGCCGGGCGGCAGAGUCAAGUCGCACUGCCCGGACCAAGUACUCGUGACUUCCGCCAACCUCGAGAAGAAUGGCUGGAGCAAACACCAUCCCGGCUCAAAUUACGGGAUUUGGAAAACUCACUUGCCAGACACAGUGCUGAGGAACUUCUGAAGAAUCAAGCUGAACGUCGAAGUGCCGAGAGGACUACUCGGACCCCCCAGAGAACGGUGAAGGAAGUGCUAGGAAAGGAGGCCGAGCGGCCCAAGAUACGAAAUCCCAAACCAUUUCUGCCUCCAGACCACGCUUGCGAAUGGAGGACACGCUGUAUGGACUUGAACUCAGAGGUGGAACAACUUAAAUCUGAGAUGAAUUCACAUGAGGAUACGAGUCAGGCUACGGGAAGCUUACGGGUUGGUCGAAUUGAUGUUGGAGUGGGAGACGCUUUGGCGCGUCAUGAGUGCGACGAUUUUGGGAUAGAGGGGUUGACAAUUGUGUUGCACAUGAGAGGAAAAGAUGACCUGGUGAUAAACACAGACCUGGAGAAGGAUUCCUCUGGCUAUAGACGGUAA